UUGGGUUGAACAUUUGAACUCAAACCGCCGGUAGCCAGAUACUUGUUUUCCUAUUAUGCUCACUUUAUCUACAAUUUAAUCCCUAAAAUACGGAGAAACGGGCCUUCUGGUGUACUAUAAGGAAAGAUAGAAACGUUUCAAGGCUAGCAAGUGUCUUUUUGCUUGAAUUUUGUCGCCCUUUUAAACGACCGGGAAUUUCAGCCAGAUUCAUGAUAGAUUUGAAAGAGAAACCGCGACGAUGCAUCAAACGGAAAUUCGAAGAAAAUGGCCGAAUUCAACCAAAAGAAACCUUACUGGAUAUGUCGGUAUCGAAGCUAGCUAAGGCUCAAACCAGGGUCAACCUUGAACCUUCUUUAAGAAAGACAGUAAUGAUUGUAAAUACUAUACGAAAGCUAGAGCAAGAGAUCGAAAUCGGUCGGACUAAAACGCUGAAAGAGGCGAGUUCUUUUAACCAUUGUUCGGCGAAGACAAAUAACUAUCAUGACACGAGGUCGGAAAAGAAUACGGUUUUCUCGCAUGUAGGAACACAGGACUAUACUGAAGGUCUCCAAAAGCUUUUGGGAUCGCCCUUAGAUACGAGGGAAGAAACGUUUGUUUGCGAAAACAAUUCAGAAACACACGACAGGUGCCCUGAGGAACGCGUUGCGAAAUCAUGUACAAGUGAUGACACUUUUAUUGAUCUAGCACAAUCGACAGAAAUGAAGUUUAGAAACAGAUUUGAGGAGUCAUCAAAUUCUCUCGCAUCCAUCGAGGUUAGCAAUACUGCCUGCGAGAUAAAUUUUGCUGAAGUGGACAUUUCUUUGUAUGAUUAUGAUGCAAGCAUGGUAUGGCAGGAGACAGGAAUGCAAGUUGAUGAAACUGAACAAUUUCUGUACAAACCUGCAGCUUUAUCAACCUUUACUAAACGGUGUAGUGAUGAUCUUAAACUUGGAAAGUCUACGGAUAACACAUUUGCAGAUGAUCUUGAUCAAAUCAUGCAAGUGUUGGUUGGCAUUUGAUGCAGUUUCUUAUCCAUGACAACCAUGGUUUAUAUCUUGUAACUAAAGCUAACAGUGUAUGAAUGUACAUAUUUCUACUUUCAGUGUGGGACUGAAUCAUUUCAUAGUUUCUCUACCAUAUUUAUGUAAAGGUUUUGUAAGAAUUUUUGUAGAUGAAAUAUAGAGCAAUGGAAACUCUGUAAAAACUAAACAUUUUGAGAAUGAUGACUAUGGUCUUCACAAAAUGUUCACUUUUUACUGAGUUUCUAUUCUUCUAUAUUUUAAGUUUUGUAGGGUUUGUAAACAUACGUAAAGCCAGCUUGCGUGUAAGGGACUUAUUUAAAGAAAUAAAUUCAUGAAAAAUACAG